AUGUCCCCAGGUGCCCCGCCAGUGGAGGUUGCGCCCCUAGGGGUCGCUGGCUUCCCCAAGGGCUCUCCCAGGGACGGCGGCGCUCCCAAGUCCUCUCCCAGGUGCGGUGGCGCCCCCAGUCGAUCUCCCAGGCCCUGCCAGGGACAACAGAGCUCCCAUGGGCCGUGCCAGAGCGGUGACACCCAGAGGGACACUGCCAGGGUUGGUGGCGCCCCUGAGGGCUCUCCCAGGAACAACAGCGCUUCCAAGGGCCCUCCCGGGGACAGCGGCGCCCUCCGGGGCCCUGCCAGGAUUGCUGGCAUCCCCAGAUGCUCUUCCAGAGACGGCGGCGCCCCAAGGAACUCUCCCAGGGACAGUAGCAGUCCUAUAGGCCCGCAAUAG